AUGGAAGUCUUCAUGGACAAGGUUCGACGAGAAUCAGAUGCACAGCCGGAUCCAGAUGCAGAGUCGACAAAACGAGAGAUUUUGCAAAAGAGGAAAAGUCAAAGGAAAAUCUCGUCUCCUAAAGAAAAGCUGGAAGACACGGCAUUCUUCUCGUCGGAAGAUGUGGAGCUUUGUCAACGGCUAGAUGAAGAGUAUGAACGUGCCUUGGAAGAACGAGAGAUUGGAUACAAUGCACGAUACGCUAGUGUUCGACAGUCUGCAUUGAUAUCAGUGUUCUUCAUGAUUUCCUUUCUACUCCUGGGGACUGCAUUUUUUAUACGCCAGGCGGAUUGGACUAUUGCAGAUGCUCUCCUUUUUUCAAUUUACUCCAUAACAACUGUUGGGUAUGGAAACCAUGAGAUCCCAACUGGCCCAGCGUUCCAGGCUUAUACAAUUUUCUAUCUGCUUAUUGGAAUCGCUGCCCUGACCAUCAUGGUAGCUCAGGUGUACAUGUGCAUUGCGCUGGAGGCCUCGAGAGCACAACAUCGAAGGGACAAGACGCGUCAUGGCGAUAUCAUUGCUCGCAGCCCAACGUCAGCAAGAAACGCUGAACAGAAUAAUGCCAGCGCUGAACCAGAUCCAGAUGAAAUUAUUUCCUUUCAUCAAGACAAUCUUUCCAGUUGUAUGGACCGGUUAUUUCGUUUUACUGAUCGUGCAAAGAUAUUCUUUCAAGAGAAUGAGAUCGGCAGAGGCGUAUCAGUUAUUUUUCCAUUUGCUGGUCUGAUCGCUUUGGGUGCGUCAGUUGUAGGACCGCUGGAGGGAUGGACGUUUUUAGAAUCAGUUUAUUUUGCAGUUGUAUCGCUGACAACCGUUGGUUUUGGUGACUACUAUCCUACGAAAGAGAUCAGUAUAUGGUUCUGCAUUUUGUGGCUGCCAUUCAGUAUUGGCUUCAUGUCAUUGUUUCUGGGAAGUGUGGCAUCUUUCUACAUUCGUCUCAGUGAUCGAAAUAUCCAAAGAAUCGAGCGUCGAAUGAGACGUAGAUUGCAACAAGCCAAAGAAAAGGCUGAACAGGAGCGGGCAGAAGUUCUCAAACGAGCGUACCGGGGACAAGAAAUCGAAAUUGAGGCCAUUACCAUACGGCAAAAUGAAAAGCCCUUGGAAAAUUCUGAGAGCAACUCUUCAAAAACGCCCGAGAAAAACGAGAGGCUGAAGAAGAAGAAUAAGCGACAAGGAUUUGAUGUACUGCCAUCUAGGGAUGAGACAAGUAGCGAAGCUGGCGACUCGGAUACAAAAAGUUUGUUUGGCUCAUCUCUCGCUGACAGGGGAAAUCUUCGCCGCCAGCGGAUCGUGGAGAAUAGUACCGUAGAAGAGGAGGAACUGGGGAGCCGGAAAAUGCAAUCCAUGCGAGACAUAGUUCGUGUCGUGAGAAGCAACGUCGACGCAGGAGUGGGCAAGACCUCAGAGAAGAAUCAGUUGAUAUCCAUCCGAUCCACGCAAACAAUCACUACUAGCCAUGGGGUUGUGGGCCUGCGGAGGUCCACAACGCGAAAGCCAUCGUUUGGAUUGAGAGUGCUGGUGCAAGAAAGGUUUGCUGAAAUCAUUGCAAUGGAGGUCGCUGGUUUUCAAAAUUCGAUCGACAUUCAAGAUAAUUCCCUUUCGGUCACUAUCGAUCGAUUGAAAUCUAUCGCGGACAAAUGGUCGAUACCGAGGCGCGCAAGAAAAGCUUUUCGCUCGGUUGCUUUCGAGGUUCUAUACUUCGUGGGGGAACGUGGUCUAGUUACUAGGGGUGCUGAUGCGCUCUUGGAUCUCACUCCAAUCGAAUUCCAUGGCCUCUUUAGCUCUCUUGUCGCAGCAAUGGGGGAUGCCGAUACGAUGGAAGGCUGGCUAGCGUGUACGAGCAUUCUUGCUGACGUCGAUCUCCGAAGAACGAGUUCUGUAUCAAAGAUGCCAAUAGAAGAGACGCCUCUGCAACAACAGCUUUCGGAUGUACAGGAAGAAGAUGAUAUGUCACUUUAA